UCGCCUUCUUCUUCUUCUUCUUCUUCCAGCAGGCUGAGGCAAUAAUGGGAUUCAGAUUCUACAAUCUAAAUCCCAUCUUCAGAUCUUACCUCUCAAGAGUUUCUUCUGCCAGAAACUUGCGCCCCAACCCCAUAAUUCACUCCCUGAAUUCCGGAUUAAUCCUGUAUCACAAGGAUUCAGUCUUCUCUGACAACCCCAAUUACUUGAUCUCCAGAAGGUUGCAUUUGGGUCAUUCUCAUGGCCCCAACGGCCAACAGCACCACCUUCACCAAUUGUCCAACGAAGCAGAGAAGAUUUUCCGUCUGGGUCUUGCUGCCGAUAUUGGAUUAGCUACUGGCAAAGCUCUGACUGGCUAUUUAUCUGGAAGCACUGCCAUCAUCGCUGAUGCUGCGCAUUCUAUAUCCGACGUGGUUCUAAGUGGGGUUGCUUUGUUGUCGUUCAAAGCUGCGAACACUCCUAAAGACAAAGAACACCCAUAUGGGCAUGGUAAAUUUGAAACCCUCGGAGCCCUUGGAAUCUCUGCUAUGCUUUUGGCAACUUCUGGUGGUAUUGCAUGGCAUGCUCUGCAACUUUUACUUGAGUUCUUUUCCACCAAUCCUGAAGUAGUUAACCAUUCAUUAACUCAUGGGCAUGCCCACAGCCAUCAUCAUGGAAUUGAUAUGGAUCACCCAUUACUAGCUUUGAGUAUGACUAUUGUAUCAAUAUUCGUUAAAGAAGGGCUUUACUGGAUAACAAAACGAGCUGGGGAAAGGCAAAACAGUGGACUGAUGAAGGCAAAUGCAUGGCAUCAUCGUGCAGAUGCAAUUUCAUCUGUAGUUGCACUUAUUGGGGUUGGAGGGUCUCUUCUUGGAGUCAAGUUUCUAGAUCCUCUUGCUGGACUUGUUGUCUCUGGAAUGAUUUUGAAAGCUGGUCUGGAAUCUGGGUACCAGAGCGUCUUGGAGCUGGUUGAUGCUGCAAUACCUGCUCAGCAGUUGGAUCCCAUGAAACAAACAAUUCUACAAGUUGAAGGAGUCAAGGGAUGUCAUCGCUUGAGAGGAAGGAGAGCUGGUUCGAACCUGUACCUUGAUGUACAUAUUGUGGUCGACCCAUUUUCUAGUGUUAGUGCUGCGCAUGGUAUAGGUGAGAAUGUUCGUCAUCAAAUUCACAAGUCCCAUCCUGAAGUAUCAGAAGUUUUCAUACACAUAGAUCCUGCAUUUAUAGAAUUUUCUUCUCCCAACAUAAUGGAACAGCAUGGAAAUUUCAAGGAAAUCUGGGACCAGAAAAGGAACAUUCCUGCAGAAGAUGAAAAUCUUGAGGCAAUUGUUUCUGACAUAUUCUCAUCAAAGUUUGCUGAGAAAAUGGUGAUUGAGCGCAUAACACAUCACUUGUUGCAAGGCAAGGUUUUACUCCAAGUUGAGGUUAACAUGCCUCCAGAGAUGACAAUCCGGGAUGCAAUAAAACUGGCAAAGGAAGCAGAAAAGGAGAUUAUGAAGACAGCUCCAAACAUCUUUCAUGUCAACAUUCAGCUAAGAUUAGGGAACCCGAUGCCACAGUUUAACUAUGUAUGGUGAGAUUUCAAUAGUUAGGAAAUACCCCAACAAAACAUUCUCAUAUUAAUACAGCAGUAUUAGGCUUCCAGGUUCCAACAAAUCUGGAAGAAAGCAUACACACUUCCAUUGUUUUUGGCUGGAAUGCACAGGAAUAAUUAAGGAUUUUGAUAAAUCCAGUGUGGGUGCAAGCCAACAAGUAUACAGUACUAAUUUUUUGUUUCUAACAAAAGUUAAUUAAGAAC